GCGACAGCUCAACACUUUACCGUUGUGUUCCGCUGAAACAACCGUUAGCCGGAAAGAAGAGAGCCGGAAGCGCGUGCCGCUAAAGUUUACGGAAAUAAAGGCGGACAAAAGUUCAUCCUCGCCUGCAACUGACAAAGUGCCAAAAUCCAGAUUAAACGAUUUACGAUCCAAUCACAAAAAUAAACAAAAUUCCGGACGGUGCAGUGGCGCAUUAGAACUCCAACUGCAACAACACCUCCUUCUCUUCACCCGCAUCCGGGUAACGGAAAAUCGGGAAAUCGGAAAAUGUGGCCCAACUUCGUGGCAGUCAUUUCCCUGCUGUGCCUUGCAUUCUUUGCUUGGGCAAAAGCUGGACCUGUGCCAAUAGUGAAUGAGCACCAACAACUGAUGCCCAAGGUACCCCAAUGGCAUUGUCUGCGCUACUUUAAGCAUGACGUCCUGAUGAUGCGCCGCUGUCGCCAUUUGCGAGUCCCAACGGCGCCUCGACUAGGAGAUGUCCUUAAGCGUAAGAAGAAAUAGUAUCCGGCCCACAGACAAUCAUCGUCAAUACUCAAAACGACUGAGCAACAAGAUCAAUUAAAUUUACAUUUUUUAAAGGAUUUCUAAACCAGACCAAAGCUAAAUCAAAUAUAUAUACUACCAAAUAUUAUAGAACUUCCGGAACUAACAAUAAGUCUAACCAACUGUACUUCAUAGAUAUGUAAGAUUUCAAUAAAACGACUACGAAAACUAAAA